AUGGACCCUCAAGCACCGUCCUCCCCGUCUUCACCGUCCUCCUCUUCACCUCCGCCUCCUCCAGCUCCUGCCUCGUCCGACCUCGGCGGCCAGGCCCACGGACACGCCGCGUCCCCAACGAGCAGCGACGCGCCCCAGGGCCCCAGCUCGCAGUCAAUGCAAUCCACACCACCGCCUGUACCCCAGCCCGCAGUGGAGGGCGCCCCCGCUGGCGGUGGCCGCCAUCCCAGGGCCAAGAGGAAGCGGACCACAGCUCGAGACAAGGAUAUCCUCGAGGAGGAAUUUAGGAAGAACUCCAAACCCGACAAGGAGGCGCGCGCCGAGAUCGUCAAGCGCGUCUCUCUGACGGAGAAGGAAGUGCAGAUCUGGUUCCAGAACCGGCGCCAAAACGCUCGUCGGAAAGCGCGUCCGUUGUCGCCCGAGGAUCUCGCAGCUAUCGCAUACGGUCCUGUGAAACUCCUCCCGGGCAGCUCUGUGGAGCCCGCCAAUUAUGCGUCCGCGCCCGUCCCCUGCUUGCCGCCGCCAGAGCAGACCGGCGCCUUUGGGUCCCACUCCGACCCUGCCAGCUCUCUGUCCUCGAGCGAGGCCGAGAAAGCGGAUGAGCGGCCGCAAUGGGGCAGACCAUGGGAACUGCCAGCGCCUGCUGGCCAGAGGGCAGGCGAGUCUCAGCAACCUAUUUCUCGGUCGUUUGCUGGCGAAGUUGGUUAUCUAGCCAACCGGCGGAAUCGCACCAGCCCCUCUCCUGCCUCCUCAACGCCCUCUCACCUCGGCCGGGACGACUCCUUCAGGUCCGAGCCCUUCCCGUCCUGCUCCCCACCCUCCGCUGCUUCUCCAGCGCUGCCUACUCCACCAAGCUCUCUCCGGCUGUCCACCUCCCUGGAGGGCAAGGCGGAGGUCGUUCCCUCAACCUUUUCUUCGCCGCCGCACCCUACCGGGGCCUCUCGACCGUCAGACGCGCUAUACCGGCCAGAGCCUCUCCCUAGACUGGACCUCCAACCUAGUCGCGGUACUAUUACUCUUCCGCCCAUCUCGACGCUUACCGACUCCCUGCCACCGCCUCCCGCGACCAGCGAGCCGCUGCCUCCCCGCCUGACGAGGGGCCGGUCGCGCGACCCUCAGGCGUGGGAAUACUGCUGCCUUUCCAAGAACCGCGAGGAUACCCUGACAAUGCAAGCCAAGCACGAGAGCAGUGGCUCGGCCGUCGCCGAAAUCCAUCUCAUCCGAUCGACGAGUCUGACAGCUGGCACCUCCGCGAGACAAAGCACCGAUGUGAAGCGCAAGACUGCCGCUGCACAUCACGGGCUGUCCCGUCGCGACGUGGCAAAGAAACCUCGACUGAGCAGAUCGGCGAGCAGUCAGGCGAGGAUUGAGACGACCCUCGGUCCCAGUUCAAGGCACAAUAUCAUGAGGGAAACUCCCGCAGUAUCCCGGUUGGACAAAACCAAGACAGAUACGGAGGCGGCGUUGGCUGGUAACGAUUCGGAUAAGGAGAACUGGAGCCCAGACGAAAACGGCAACUCCCGCCCCUUCCGCCGCGUACCAUCCGGGAGUGGCUCACUUAGCCGGCGAUCGCUUCCCUCCGGGCCGACUACCGUAGCUAAGAUCAACCGCCGCCGGUCGCUGCACGAAGGGCGCAGCUCGCCCUUCCUCUCCAGCCGUGCCCACACCGCCCCCACGAAUGGCUUCCAACACCGGCGACGCGAACGAGCACAAUCCCCGCUCCAGAUAUACGAGGACGCCGAGGACUGCAGCCCGGAAUCGGACAAAGUCCCGGAUGACGAGGUGGAGCGCUUCAUGCGCGGCGACGUCAGUCCCAGUAAGAAGGGCGACGCCGACGCCGUCGCCAGUCUGCUCUCCCUUAGCCAGGGCAAGUGGCGGUGA